AAGACGCCACAGAGCCAGGGAGAAGGAUUCAGAGAAGGGAUGUGACAUCUAGUCAUCAUGUGUAUCGCUGUCACUCAUGUGUCGCUGUCACUCAACGUAGGCAUAGCAUAUGAAAUGUAGUGGCCCUAGUUGUCAGCAGGAGGUCCAGUUAAAAAUGUAUAUGUACAAUGCCCUUGGACUAAAUGAUUUAUUAACAUAUUAAAACACUAUAAAGGGAUCUGGACAGAUAGAAAUCCAUCUAAGAGUAGUUCAACAGGUAGUGUAGAUGUUGGUUCCUGAAACCCUGUAUGAAAAUGCACACUGUUUACUUGGCUGACAUUAAGAUAAAAACCUUCAAUCACGGAAUUCCAAAAAAGGCAGCUUUCUUCCUUCACUACCAGCAGACAUCAGGGAGGCUUAGGGAUAGUUCACCUAAAUGACAAAAUGACACAUUGGUUUCCUUACCCUGUAAGAAGUCUAUGGGACCGAUAUUAGCAUUUUUUGUGCAUCAUGUCCAAAUCAUCCAAAAGUAUCUGUCAUUGAUUUUGAAGAUCAACGAAGUCACUUAUAGAUGUUUUGAACAUUAUGCUAGAAAAAUGCUAAUAUGUGACCGACCAUCUUGAUUCGGUUUUAUGUAGAAAAAUUUGAAAUUGUGUUUUUACAUCGGAUAAAAGUUUAUUGACACAUGCAGAGUAUACAGAUGGUGUGAAUGGUACAGCGAUAGUACAUUUUAAUUACAUUUAAAUUAGAUUUCAAUUCCAGUCAAUUUAGGAAAUAGAAAAAAAUAAAUAUGAGGAAAUUGUUGAAUUGAAAUGUAAUUGAACCCAACCCUGAUGUGUAUACAUGCAUGUAUGUAGCCUAACCAAUGCUUGUGUACAGUAUUCCUGAUUCUUUCUAUCCUUGAUAUGCAAGCUUAUUGAGGUUGUAAACAAUGCAUGUUUUGUUUUUAUGCAGAGAAAAUCUGUAUAGACAACUUGUUCUAUAAUGUCAUCUACAUGUUUAAUCAUGCAGCAUUAGCAGGAAGGUUUAUGGGAUUGUUAUAACAUCCAUGCCGCUCCAAUUAGCUCACGUACGGUUUAGGAUUCAAUCAUUCUGUAAGCAACAUCUGAGGACAAAAGUACCAUAUGAAUAAUGCAGUGAGUGAUAUUGCCAGCCUCCUACCAGGUACCCUCAGGGAAGCCAGGGUCCCGCUAUAAUCUCCUCAUGAAAGAUUAAUAGCUUGGAAUCUAACAAACAAAAUAAGGAAGUGGUAGGCAGAGUUCUAGCUGGGGAUUCUCUGUGGUGUGACUUAUUUACAGGCAGGCAACUGGUUCAUGCCUCUGUUCUGCCACUGGCAAAGGUGACGCUCGGCCUCAGGUUUUGUUUUUUAGUCCGAUAUCCAAGUGUUCUUUUAGUUAUUCUCGUCUCUGCCCAAGGCAUAUUUACCUCCAUUACUUCUCUAUUGCAAACUUGUGGAUUUGAUCAGCCUGUAGUUGACCAUAUAGCCAACUCCUUGGCAUUAGGCACAUUUGUGACUCUGGUUUAUCAUUUGAGGUGCAUGCCAAAGAUUUAUUAGAAUUAGAAUUAUUAGAAUUAUUGGACAAUUGCCUUAAGAGAGUAAGACAAACGGAGUGGAAUGCAUUAUUGCAAACACUCGUUAAAGGACUCUCUCUCCCACCUCUGCAACGUUGGUGUCCACAUACAGUCCUAUUUCAAGGUUGAUCGAGGAAGAGAUCAAUAGACAUUAGCACAUAUUACACAGCGACCCCAGAUUUGUAUUGUGUGUCUGUCUUUAUUAUAUGUUCACUUUUCCCCUGCAGCUUUUUCUGCUGCGAUCUCUUGAUUGGGCCAAUACUGACUGGGAAUUUAUAAUGAUGCCCACCUGUGAGGUCUUGUUGUCGUGACAUUGACUGCCAUUGCCUUGCAAGCUGAAGAAGGGCUCAUAUACCCAAACGUUUGUGUGGCAAUAAAAAUGUAAAUUUCAGUUUAUUUACCGUAAUGCAGUCUUAUUUCUGUUCUUUGGAUUAUAUAUGAGGAUCCAGCACCCAAUUUUAAGUUUGUAUGAGGUGGAGUUGAGCACGUUGUUUAUAUUUUCAUUAGCCUGUCCCACUUAAAGUAUACCUAGUGUUCCUUUGAUGUCUUUUUGCUUUGUUUUCAUCGAUGAAUGCUAUGUCGUAAAGCCACACCAAGGAGGAUAACUAUAACAUGAACCAUAAAUGAUACGUAACUAUAAACUUUGGCGAGCAUCCACACCACACUGUAGGCCUAUUAAUAAUGUGGUAACACAGACCAUUCGGUGCUUCAGGGUGUGUUCGUUGUCAUAGUGACAACUGCAAAUAAUACAGUGCCUUCAGAAAGUAUUCACAUCCCUUGACUUUUUACACAUUUUGUUGUGUUACAGCUUGAAUUUAAAAUUGAUUAAAUUGAGAUGUUGUGUCACCGGCCUACACACAAUAUGCCAUAAUGUCAAAGUGGUAUUAUGUUUUUAGAUUUUUUUUUUUUACAUAUUAAUUAAAAAGGAAAAGCUGAAAUGUCUUGAGUCUAAGUAUUCAACCCCUUUGUUAUGUCAAGCCUAAAUAAGUUAACAUAAUAAGUUGCAUGAACUCACUCUGUGGGCAAUAAUAGUGUUUAACAUGAUUUUUGAAUGACUACCUCAUCGCUGUACCUCACACAUACAAUUAUCUGUAAGUUCACUCAGUCGAGCAGUGAAUUUCAAAGAGAUUCAACCACAAAGACCAUGGAAGUUUUCAAAUGCCUCGCAAAGAAGGGCACCUAUUGAAUAUCCCUUUGAGCAUGGUGAAGUUAUUCAUAACACUUCGGAUGGUGUAUCAAUAACCCACUCAAUACAAAGAUACCUGCGUCCUUCCUAAUUCAGUUGCCGGAGAGGAAGGAAACCGCUCAUUGAUUUCAUCAGGCAAAUGGUGAUUUUAAUGGUUUAAUGAGUUUAAUGGUUGUGAUAAGAGAGAACUGAGGAUGGAUCAACAACAUUGUAGUUACUCCACAAUUUACAUUUACAUUUAAGUCAUUUAGCAGACGCUCUUAUCCAGAGCGACUUACAAAAAAACUUACAAUACUACCUAAAUGACAAAGUGAAAAGAAGGAAGCCUUUACAGAAUACAAUUAUUCCAAAAUAUGCAUCCUGUUUGCAGUAAGGCGCUAAAGAAAAAAGAAUGUGGAAAAUAAAUGUACUUUAUGUCCUGAAUACAAAGUAUAAUGUUUGGGUCAAAUCCAACACAACACAUCACUAAGUACCACUCUUCAUAUUUUCAAGCAUGGUGGUGGCUGCAUCAUGUUAUGGGUAUGCUUGUCAUCGGCAAGAACUAGGAAUUUUUUUUUAGGAUAAAAAAAUAAACAGAAUAUAAUUAUGCACAGGCAAAAUCCGAGAGGAAAACCUGGUUCAGUCUGCUUUCCAACAGACACUGGGAGACAAAUUCACCUUUCAGCAAAUCAAAUUAUAUCGGUCACAUACACAUGGUUAGCAGAUAUUAAUGUGAGUGUAGCGAAAUGCUUGUGCUUCUAGUUCCGACCGUGCAGUAAUAUCUAACGAGUAAUCUAACAAUUUCACAACAACUACCUUAUACACACACAAGUGUAACGGAAUUAAUAAGAAUAUGUACAUGUAAAUAUAUGGAUGAGCGAUGGCCGAACGACAUAGGCAAGAUGCAGUAGAUGGUAUAGAAUACCAUAUAUACAUAUGAGAUGAGUAAUGUAGAGUAUGUAAACAUCAUAUAAAGUGGCAUUGUUUAAAGUGACUAGUGAUACAUUUAUUACAUCCAAUGUUUAAUUAUUAAAGUGGCUAGAGAUCUGAGUCAGUAUGUUGGCAGCAGCCACUCAAUGUUAGUGAUGGCUGUUUAACAGUCCGAUGGCCUUGAGAUAGAAGCUGUUUUUCAGUCUCUCUGUCCCAGCUUUGAUGCACAAGCCCGACAGGAUGCUGUCGAUUGUGCAUCUGUAAAAGUUUGUGUGUUUUUGGUGACAAGCCAAAUUUCUUCAGCCUCCUGAGGUUGAAGAGGUGGUGUUGUGCUUUCUUUGCCACGCUGUCUGUGUGGGUGGACCAUUUCAGAAUGUCAGUGAUGUGUACGCCGAGGAACUUAAAAAACUUUCCACCUUAUCCACUACUGUCCCAUCGAUGUGGACAGGUGGCUGCUCCCUCUGCUGUUUCCUGAAGUCCAUGAUCAUCUCCUUUGUUUCGUUGACGUUGAGUGUGAGGUUAUUUUCCUGACACAACACUCUGAGGGUCCUCCCCUCCUCCCUGUAGGCAGUCUCAUCGUUGUUGGUUAUCAAACCUACCACUGUAGUGUCGUCUGCAGACUUGUGAGUUGCAUGCGUGUAUGGCCACGCAGUCAUGGGUGAACAGAGAGUACAGGAGAGGGCUGAGAACGCACCCUUGAGGGGCCCCAGUGUUGAGGAUCGGGUUGGCGACGUUGUUUCCUACCCUCACCACCUGGGGGUGGCCCGUCAGAAAUGAUAUCACCCAGUUGCACAGGGCGGGGUCGAGACACAGGAUCCCGAGCUUAAUGACGAGUUUGUAGGGUACUAUGGUGUUGAAUGCUGAGCUGUAAUCGAUGAACAGCAUUCUUACAUAGGUAUUCCUCCUGUCCAGAUGAUUUAGGGCAGUGUGCAGUGAGAUUGCUAUUGCGUCGUCUUUGGACCUAUUGAGGCGGUAAGCUAAUUGGAAGAUAGGGUGAAGGUGAUAUGAUCCUUGACUAGUCUCUCAAAACACUUCAUGAUGACGGAAGUGAGUGCUUACUGGGGGGUAGUCAUUUAGCUCAGUUACCUUAGCUCUCUUGGGAACAGGGAGCAUGUGGGAACAGCAUACUGGGAUAGGGAUUGAUUGAAUAAACACACCAGCCAGCCAGUCAGGCUCGUGUGGACGCGGCUAGGGAUGCCGUCUGAGCCGGCAGCCUUGCGAGGGUUAACACGCUUAAAUGUUUUACUCACGUUGGCUGCGGUGAAGGAGAGCCUGCAUGUUUUGGUAGCGGGCCGUGUCAGUGGCACUGUGUUAUCCUCAAAGCGAGCAAAGAAGUUGUUUAGUUUGUCUGGGAGCAAGACGUCAGUGUCCGCGACGGGGCUGGAUUUCUUUUUGUAAUCCAUGAUUGACUGUAGACCCUGCCACAUACGUCUCGUGUCUGAACCGUUGAAUUGCGACUCUACUUUCUCUAAACUGACGCUUAGCUUGUUUGAUUGCCUUGCGGAGGGAAUAGCUACACUGUUUGUAUUCAGUCAUGUUUCCAGUCGCCUUACCAUGAUUAAAAGCAGUGGUUCAAGCUUUCAGUUUUGCGCAAAUGCUGCCCUCAAUCCACGGUUUCUGGUUGGGGAAGAUCUUAAUAGUCACCGUGGGUACAACAUCCCCGAUGCAGUUGCUAAUAAACUCGCUCACCGAAUCAGCAUAUACAGUUGAAGUCGGAAGUUUACAUACACUUAGGUUGGAGUCAUUAAAACUCGUUUUUCAUCCACUCCACAAAUUUCUUGUUAACAAACUAUAGUUUUGGCAAGUCGGUUAGGACAUCUACUUUGUGUAUGACACAAGUCAUUUUUCCAACAAUUGUCAUUUCACUUACAAUUCACUGUAUCACAAUUCCAGUGGGUCAGAAGUUUACAUACACUAAAUUUACAUCAUUUGAGUCAAUUGGAGGUGUACCUGUAUUUCAAGGCCUACCUUCAAACUCAGUGCCUCUUUACUUGACAUCAUGGGAAAAUCAAAAGAAUUCACAAGAAUCAGACAAGACCUCGUAAAAAAAAGUCUGUAGACCUACACAAGUCUGGUGCAUCCUUGGGAGCAAUUUCCAAAGGUACCUGAAGGUACCAGGUUCAUCUAUACAAACAAUAGUACACAAGUGUAAACACCAUGGGACCACGCAGCCGUCAUACCGCUCAGGAAGGAGACACGUUUUGUCUCCUAGAGAUGAACGUACUUUGGUGCGAAAAGUGCAAAUCAAUCCCAGAACAACAGUAAAGGACCGUGUGAAGAUGCUGGAGGAAACAGGUACAAACGUUUCUAUAUCCACAGUAAAAUUAGUCCUAUAUCGACAUAACCUGAAGGGCCGCUUAGCAAGGUAGAAGCCACUGCUUCAAAACAGUCGGAAUAAAGCCAGACUACGGUUUGCAACUGCACAUGGGGACAAAGAUUGUACUUUUUGGGGAAAUGUCCUCUGGUCUGAUGAAACAAAAGUAGAACUGUUUGGCCAUAAUGACCAUCGUUAUGUUUGGAGGAAAAAUGGGGAGGCUUGCAAGCCGACGAACACCAUCCCAACCGUGAAGCAAAUAAAUCAUUCUCUCUAUUAUUAUUCUGAAAUGUCACAUUCUUAAAAUAAAGUGGUGAUCCUAAAUUACCUAAGACAGGGACUUUUUACUAGGAUUAAAUGUCAGGAAUUGUGAAACUGAGUUUAAAUGUAUUUGGAUAAAGUGUAUGUACACUUCUGACUUCAGCUGUACAUCAAUGUUGUCUGCGGCUAUCCGGAACAUAUCCCAGUCCACGUGAUCGAAGCAAUCUUGAUGCAUGGGAAUCAGAUUGGUCGGUCCAGCGUUGAACAGUCCUGAGCACGGGCGUUUCCUGUUUCAGUUUCUGUCUAUAUGCUGGGGGCCACAAAUUGGAGUCGUGAUCAGAUUUGCCGAAAGGAGGGCGAGGGAGGGCUUUGUAUGCAUCACAGAAGUUCCAGAAUGCAGCCAACCCGGGUCGAGCAUUCAAUAUGUUGAUCAAAUUUAGGGAGCCUUGUUUUCAGAUUAGCUUUGUUAAAAUCCCCAGCUACAAUAAUUGCAGCCUCAGGAUAUGUGGUUUCCAGUUUACAUAGAGUCCGUUGAAGUUCUUUCAGGGCCGUCGAGGUGUCUGCUUGGGGGGAUAUACACGGCUGUGACUAUAAUCGAAGAGAAUUCUCUUGGUAGAUAAUGCUGUUGGCAUUUUUUUUGUAAAAAAUUCUAGGUUUGGUGAACAAAAGGACUUGAGUUCCUGUAUGUUGUUAUGCUCACAACAUGACUCGUUAAUCAUAAGGUAUACACCCCCACUCUUCUUCUUACCAGAGAGAUGUUUGUUUCUGUCAGCGCGAUGCGUGAAGAAACCAGGUGGCUGUAUUGGCUCUGAUAACGUAUCACGAGUGAGCCAUGUUUCUGGAGAAUGUUACAAUCUCUGAUGUCUCUCUGGAAGGCAACUCUUGCUCGAAUUUAGUCUACCUUGUUGUCAAGAGACUAGACAUUGGCAAGUAUUAUAUAUUAUACUGGGAUCCGAUCCAUUGUCCUGGGUGGUGGUCCAAACAGAGGAUCCGCUUCGGGAAAGUUGUAUUCCUGGUUUGGUAAGUUGACGCUGCUCUUAUAUCCAAUAUUUCUUCCCGGCUGUAGGUAGUAAGACUUGAGAUUUCAUGGGGUAACAGUGUAAGAAAUAAUACAUUAAAAAAAUACUGCAUAGUUUCUUAGGAACGCGAAGCGAGGCGACCAUCUCUGACGGCGCCAUGUAGCCUGGCCAAUGACCUAAAACACAAGGCCAAAUAUACACUGGAGUUGCUUACCAAGACGAGAUUGAAUGAUCUUGAAUGGCCUAGUUACAGUUUUGACUGAUAUCGUCUUGAAAAUCUAUAGCAAAACUUAAAUGGCUGACGAGCAAUGGUCAACAACCAACUUGACAGAGCUAGAAUAUUUUUUUAAAGAUUUAUGUGCCAAUAUUGUACAAUUAAGUUGUGCAAAGCUUUUAGAGACUUACCCAGAAUGACUCACAGCUGUAAUCCCUGCCAAAGGUGAUUCUAGCAUUUACUGACUCAGGGGUGUGAAUACUUAUGUAAAUGAAUUAUUUCUGUAUUUCAUUGUCAAUAAAUUUGCAAAGAUAUAGAUAAACAUGUUUUCACUUUGUCAAUAUGGGUUAUUGUGUGAAGAGAAAAAAUAUUGAACCCAUUUUGAAUUCAGGCUCUGACACAACAUGUGGAAUAAUUGAAGAUGUAUGACUACUUUCUGAUGCCUCUACUUCUGAUGGCACUGUAUGUGUAAUGAAAAUAAUGUAGAAACUACUAUUUAAAUGUAGCUAUUCAACAAUAAACGCUGUUUAGCCUGCACAUCAUUUAAGUCAUGUGAUGGCUUGUCUUGUUGAUCAAGUGGUUUGCAAGUGAGUUCCAUUUUUCUAUUGAUUGUUAAUUCAUUUGGAUCUUCUUUUUCACUGUGCUCAUAUGUCUGUCCUGUGCAACAGUUAAUUUGGUUUAUUUUACAUUUAGCAAUUAGCAAGAGAACUUGCUAAUUUAGUAAACUAAAGUAAAAAAUGAUCAAAAUGUCCUGUAGCUUAGGUAGCCCAUAGCUUUUCCUGUGAUUUCACAAGAAGAGGAUUAGCGGAGAGGCUUGCGUAGCACGGAAACAGUUGCAAGAGAGGCUAGAGAUGUGUAGCUGAAGUAAGAAUCUAAGUGUUAGCUGCAUAUUAGGCCAUACAUUAGCUAGAUUGUAAGGCUAUAAAUAUUUACCUGUCAAAGUGCAAUAAAAAAGUGAACAGAUUAUGUAAUUGAGGAUCUGUGCGUUCCUCCAGGCUGUGCUCUGCAGUUCCAGACACAGAAAGCUCCACUAUCGAUUAGGCCUAAGGUUUUAGACUAAAACAUUCUACCAAGGCUACAACAACACAGUGUAAUGAGGAAUGUAUUGUAGUUAUCAAGUCAAUACACAAGUAUUGUCCAGGGUUGUAAGCUGCUGUGAUGUAGGCUGAUUUGAAUAACCGCUCGUACGUCCUGUUUUAAUGCUUCAUGCCAACAUAAAUGCAUACAGCCUGGUCUGAUCAUGCAACCAUUUGGAUCAGUUAGGGUUUACAAGGUCUAGAAAGGUACAUUAGCAGGCUACUCUCACUCUCAUUUUAAACUCUGCUAUGUUAAAUCCGGCAAGCAAAAGCAAGCUGGAAUCAGUCCCCUGAUAGGCUGUUAGUAGGAAAUAAAAUGCGGAAAAUAUGGCCUUCUCAUGCGAUGGUUGUCGUGGAUCAUCAUUCUCCGAAGUCUUCCUAUAAUUAAUGUGGCAACCAAUAUGCUCACACAUGCCUAGUUAUUCAGGCAAGCUUACCUUGCGUUCUGCCUUCUCUCCUCUCCGAGCAGCCUUGCACACCUAGAACGCUUCAAUAGAAGGCACUUUUGAUUGGUUGUCAAUGUUUUAUCAUCGGAGGGCCAGGCAGAAAAUCGCUCUGAAAGUGAUCUAAACGAUUAGCUCUUGUUAUCGUUUUCCUCUGUUUCUGUAUUUAUCGUUGUGGUGUAAACGCUCCUGUUCACUUGAAUUAGAAAGAUUUCAUUGGUUUUAUUGUUAUAGUUAUCUUCCUUGGUGGGGACGGCCCUCAAUCUAAGGCAGCGUCCCAAAUGGUACCCUGUUUCCUAUAUAGUGCACAACUGUUUUUUUUAUUUUUUAUACAUAUAGUAACCUAAGAUGCCAUUUGGGAUGCAUCCCUGAGUGUAUCUCUCCCUCUAGUCUCUCUCCCUGCAGGAGUUUAAGUUCAUGGGUCAGUGCUGGUCCCCCUCAGUGUCUCCCAGUAGACAGGUGUUGUCCAGCCAGGACCAGGAAGUCCUGUCUCUUUUUGAGCUCUUCAGCCAGGAGGGGAACCCCUUUGAGAGGCACAUCGACAACAAGGAUGAGGAGACUGAGGACAUGCUGGCCUCCAAUGGGUGUGAGUCAGAUAAGCUGGAGAAGAGUGUCUACCAGGACUAUGACAGUGACAGUGACGUCCCCGAUGAACUCAAGCAGGACGAGCAGACCGGAGACAUCCCUCUCAAGAGCAUCUCCCCUCUCUCUCUAAUCAGCCUGUCAAGGGGGACGAUGCGAAGCAGGAAGAAGUCAGACUACAGCCGUAACAAGGGCUCCAAUGCUCCCAUCCUGACCAACACAACCCUCAACGUGAUUCGCCUGGUUGGUUAAAUGCAUGCGGAUGAUGAACAUUCUGAAGCCUAUAGCCUUGGAUGUCAUCCGCUGUGUUUCCCAGAUGUUCGAUCACUACCUAUAUGCUGUCUACACCUUCUUCCGCCGCAACAAUAUGCUACGGAAAAAUACUACAAAGCUAUUUCAAUGGAGAUUAUUCAUUGACCAUGCAUUUUAGUCCAGGACUAGGCUUAAUCUGUGUCCGGGAAACUGGCCCUGAGGGUCUUUUACACAACCACACAUGACAGACCUGUUUUUGUAUGUGACAGACUUGCAUUAUGUUAAUUAGUGUCCCCAAUGUGAAUGUGUUCUAUGUUUCUCAAAUGUUAUCUUAUAUAUUAUUUACCACUCAAUUAUCUGUAUGUGGUUACUGCUUCUGUGUUCCACCUCUUGUACACACAUCACUCAUUGGAAAUUGUCAGUGGGGCUGAAGCUGAAAUCACCUAAGAUUGCUUUUCCCUUCUGUUGAGCCAAUGUAUUAGUGCUUAUGGUGUUCAAAUAGAGUUGGAAUGAAUGAGAGUGUCUUCAGAAAAAGUCACCCUCCUUGAAAUCAUUACAUUGUUACAGAUAUUACAGAUCUUUUCAGACUGUUCAGUAAGAUAAGGGACACUGAAGUGCUAACUGGUCCGUUUAUUAAGGAGAUGAUCGUGGACUUCAGGAAACAGCAGAGGGAGCAGCCCCCUAUCCACAUCGACAGGACAGUAGUAUCCACAUCAACGGGACAGUAGUGGAGAAGGUGGAAAGCUUUAUGUUCCUCGGGAUACACAUCACGGACAAACUGAAAUGGUCCACCCACACAGACAGCGUGGUGAAGGCGCAACGGUGCCUCUUCAACCUCAGGAGGCUGAAAAAAUUCGGCUUGUCACCAAAAACACUGACAAACUUUUACAGAUGCACAGUCGAGAGCAUCCUGUCUGGUAUGGUAUAGUAUGACAACUGCUCAGCCCACAACCGUAAGGCUCUCCAGAGGGUAGUGAGGUCUGCACAACGCAACACCGGAGGCAAACUACCUGCCCUCCAGGACACCUACAGCACCCGAUGUCACAGGAAGGCCAUAAAGGUCAUCAAGGACAAGAACCACCCGAGCCACUAGCUGUUCACCCCGCUAUCAUCCAGAAGGCGAGGUCAGUACAGGUGCAUCAAAGCAGGGACCGAGAGACUGAAAAACAGCGUCUAUCUCAAGGCCAUCACACUGUUAAACAGCUACCACUAACAUUGAGUGACUGCUGCCAACAUACUGGCUCAAAUCUCUGGCCACUUUAAUAAUUAAACAUUAGAUGUAAUAAAUGUAUCACUAGUCACUUCAAACAAUGCCACUUUAUAUGAUGUUUACAUACUCUCAUAUGUAUAUACUGUAUUCUAUACCAUCUACUGCAUCUUGCCAAUGCCAUUCGUCCAUCGCUCAUCCAUAUACUUAUGUACAUAUUCUUAUUAAUGCCUUUAUACUUGUGUAUAAGGUAGUUGUUGUGAAAUUGUUAGAUUACUUGUUAGAUAUUAGUGCACGCUCGGAACUAGAAGCACAAGCAUUUCGCUACACUCGCAUUAACAUCUGCUAACCAUGUGUAUGUGACCAAUAAAAUUUGAUUUGAUUUAAGGGAAGGGACA